GACUGCUGCCGCACCAGCAUCACUCUAUAGAAUUGGUGAAGGAAGGAAGAUAGGCACCGCCGUGCACACAGUUAAGCAUAUUUAACAUUUUCCACGGCAUUAGCUCGUCGAGAAUGUGCUGCUCCUGCUCACUCUUCUUGUGCAUCGGUUGACUUUGGCAAGCGCAUCGAAGUAGGCUGCCGUAUGUAUAGUCGCAUCGGAAUCUCUGGAGGAGUAGGGCUGAAAAGAUACAACAAAUUAGCAUCUGUGGAAAGGGCUUCUGAUUCCUUACGUAGACGUACAACGAUGGAUCUUUAUAUUGGCACCACUUCGCCGGCUAUUUAGCGCAGCUCGUUAUUUUCUUUUUUGUCAUCUCGCGUCUCCAUGUUUAAGACGGCCAAUUACCCAACGGUGGAUCCUGCGCCCACCAUCAUGCACGGGACCUGGUUUAGCACGGCGUGUGGAGCAAACACGCCCGUGGCGGUGGAGAAAUCCAAGAAGAAAACGUUUAACCUUGUCAAAAUGAUGUCUCUUGGCAACAAGAAGGGCCAAAGCAAGCACCAGCAACACAACAACAACAUGCCAUUCACCAUCCAUUGUCAGAUCGGGAAAGAGAUCAAACACAUUUGCAGCAACUGCAGCCGUGGAAACGAUACUCUGGACGCCGAGGAGGUGGAGAGGCUGGCGGCCAUGCGCUCCGAGUCGCUGGUUCCCGGCGCCCACAGUCCUCCCAUCCGACGCCGAAGCAAGUUCGCCACGCUGGGGCGGCUGCUGAAGCCCUGGAAGUGGAGGAAGAAGAAGAGUGAGAAGUUCAAGCAGACCUCUGCCGCUCUGGAGAGGAAGAUGUCAAUGAGGCAAAGCAGGGAUGAGUUGAUCAAGAGGGGUGUGCUGAAGGAGAUCUUUGAAAAGGUGGAAUUCCGGUCCUCCAUGGAUGGCGGCCUAUGUACUCAGGAGCCCACUAUAAAGUCUGCUAUGGUUCGGCCGGCCAAGAAGUCCUUCACGUACCCCGGGGACCUUCAAAACACCCCGGCCAAGCCCCCGUUGUACCACAAACAACCCCCCGCCCUGCCACCCAAACCCUUCUCCAGAAUCUCCAACCACAGCACAGAUUCGUGCCAGCUGAUCCGGCUCCCCCGCAUGCCCGGGGGCAAGCUCUCCCCCCCUCUGCCUCCCAAGAAGGUGAUGAUCUGCAUGCCCCCCGGCGGCGCCGUCGACUCCCUCUCCUCCUCGGUGUCCCCCAGUCCGCUGGGCGGCGGCGGCGGCGGCGGCUACCCCCAGAAGUGCCCCCCUCCGAAGGGUCUGCUGUCCCACCACCACCACCACCACCACCACCCCGCCGCCGCCCUGCUGGCCUCCCAGCUGGCGGGCCUCUCCAGCCUGCACCGCCAGAGCCACGGCCACCCCAUGCAGCUGCAGUACGGCAGCAUCCACCGGCCCAGCCGCAUCAUCGAGGAGCUCAACAAGACACUGGCCCUCUCCAUGCAGAGGUUUGAGAGCUCUGCCCUGCACGGCGGCGGUGGCCAGUGCUCCAUGCUGGACAGGAGAGAGGUCCCCUCGCAGAUGAUCGACUGCGAGGAGGACAAGGAGAACCUGCCCAGCGAGUCGGACUACGAGGACCUGCCCAGCAUGUACAAGGACGAGGACGAUGAGGACGACGAGGAUGAGGAGGACGACGACGACAUAUUCACCAGUACGUGGCCCCCCAGCGGGAUGCUUCCCAGCUGGAGCUUUUAUAGGAAAGGCACCCUGGCCCUGAAGGUGCUUAGGAAAGACUCGCUGGCCAUCAAGCUGAGCAACCGGCCGUCCAAGCGGGAGCUGGAGGAGAAGAACAUCCUGCCGGUGCAGACGGACGAGGAGAGGACAGAGUCCCGGCAGCAGAUCGGCACCAAGCUGACGCGGCGGUUGAGUCAAAGGCCGACGGCUGAGGAGCUGGAACAGAGAAACAUCCUCAAACCUCGCAACGAGCAGGACGAGCUGGAGGAAAAGCGGGAGCUCAAACGAAGGUUAUCGCGCAAGCUGAGCACGAGGCCCACGGUGGAGGAGCUGAGGCAGGCCAAGAUCCUGAUCGCCUUCAGUGACUACGUGGAGGUGUCAGACGCCCAGGACUACGACAGGAGGGCCGACAAGCCCUGGACCCGCCUGACGGCAGCCGACAAGGCCAGUAAUGGAGCAGGGGUCAACGCCUCCCAGACCCUUUUCACUGUGCAGCUUUAUUUACUUCUCCCACACAUUUAGCUUUUGCUAUUUCCAGGGUUUUAAUUAAACCAUGUGUAUGUUGAGGACCGUUAAUCUUUGUUAUCCAAAAAAUACUCACACGACUUAAACUACCAAGGCCUCACAUCGUAACUGACUUGUACGCACAUCGUUCAUCCGUUCACCGCCACUCGCAC